UUUUUGAGUAUUUUUCUGAGCGUAUAAAUACGCAAUCUAAAUUUCCAUUUUCCAUUUAAAUAAAAGGAUUUAGUUCAUAAGUUUUAAAAUUAUUAUGAAAAAAUGUCUGAUUUAGAACCAUGUCCAGUUUGUCGGAAUAAACCUAGUCAUCCAAUAAAACUUCCAUGUAACCAUAUAUUUUGUUUUUUAUGUGCAAAAGGUUCUAUUUUACAUAAUCAAAAAUGUCCAUUAUGUCGUCAACAUAUAUCACUAUCAUUUCUUAAUAAUCCUCAAUUGGUUCAAACGGAAUCCAUUUCAGAAAACACCCAUCUCGAUAAUGAUUAUCAUUGGUUUUACGAAGGCCAUAAUGGAUGGUGGCUUUAUGAUGAACAAACAUCAAAAGAAAUUGAAAACGCUUUCCAACAAAAAGAACUUUUUAUUGAAGUUCUUAUAGCAGGUUAUAUUUAUAUUAUUGAUUUAGAACAAAUGGUUCAAUAUCGCAAAGGAAUGCCCAACAAAUUGAGAAAAAUUCAACGAGCUAAAACCGAUACAAAUGUCAAAGGAAUUGCUGGCCUUAGAACACAUCCUCAUUCACGAUCUAAUCUUGUUCAAUAGAUUGUUAAUUUAUUUGAUUUAUAUUACUGUAAUUAAAUAAACAUCAUUUUUUUCACAUAAA